AUGGUGAGAAUUCUGUUUCUUGUUCUGAAUGAUGGCUAUCUGGUUUUCUUCUUGGUGAUUGAUGUUAUUAGGCUGUCAAGCUGUGAUAUACUGAUGAGAACAGCCUGCAUAGCUUCCUGGGUUAAUAUCAAUUUGUUAAAACUUUUACCCUUCCAUGAAUUCAACAGCUUUACAGUGGGUUCUGGGUUGUACGUAAAGAACAAAACAGAUUGGCUUAGUUCUCUUCUGCAAAACAAGUUCUUUGGCCCUUGCUCUGAUCAUCAAGAGCUCAGGAAAUAUGAGAAAAAUAUGUUCUGCAUCGACUGUAGUCUCGAGUUUUGCAGACAUUGUGAGGCUCACAGCCAGCAUCGGUCAAUUCAGAUCUGCAAAUAUGUCUAUCAAGAUGUAGUUCGCCUUCAAGAAAUGCAGAAGCAUCUUGACUGCUCCAAAAUUCAGACAUACAAGGUCAAUGGUGAAAGAGCAGUACAUUUGCUUCCUAGGCCUCAAGCUAAAGAUGCCAAACCAUCAACAAAAUCAAAAGCUGCUGCUGCCUGUGAAGGUUGUGGAAGAUACCUUCAAGACCCGCCUAAUCAAUUUUGUUCCAUUGCAUGCAAGGUAUCAGCUUUUGAUGUGAAGCCUACAGACCAAAGUGAUGAAAUGGAAUUACCUAUACAAGAACUUCCUGAUCUUUCCUCGAGGGACAAUCAAAAUUCAGAAGUAAGUACAGAAGCAAAGCAAUCCUCAAUCUCAUCCACCGAUGUUUCAGAGACUAAAACAUUGGUGAACACAAGUUUAAGGCCUAGGAAACGAGUGAACAAAAGGAAAGGCAUUCCUCGUAGAGCUCCUUACAGUUAAUAAUGCAGAAUUUUGGUAGAUACCAUGAAAACUCAAAAAGGUACUUCAUAAAAAUCGAUAUAGCUAUAACAGUUGAUAAAAUGAUAUUUUUUAAUGAACAAAGUCCUCAUUUUGGAACUUAGUUGGGGUUAGUUGAGAGGGCAGUCCCACAAUGUCAUGAUCAGAGAAAGUGAUUUUGUUUUCUUGAGAAUGUACAGCAUAACAGAGAAGAUGAUUUUGAAUUGAAAAGUUUGAUAGACAGCAAUGUUUUAAGAUCGAUUUUUAAUCU